ACUGAAUUGCUGUUACUUUUUAGGUCAUCUCAUGCAUAAAUUUAAUUUAAGCAAUUAUGAAUGGAACAGAAUUAAACAGAAUCUUGAUUCCAAGUGUCGUACUGCAUUUAGAAGAAAGCAAAAAGGAUUGCCUCUUCUUUCAAAGGGUCAAGCAUUAUCCCCAUCACCAGAUUCUAUUGAUAGUUCAAUGGAUAAGUCAGUUCCUGAGGAAACAUUUUGCAGUAACGAAGAAUUAUCUAAUGGAGAAUCAAUGCAAUUACCAUCACAUUGUUUACAAUUUUCUUUGCAAUCUGAAGAUCAACAAAAUUUACAACAAAUUAUACCAGAUAUACAGAUUUCAAAUUUCUGAAAACUUCGAAAAUAUAUCAAGGAUACUCAUUUUAUUUUAUUAAAAUUAAUACAGAUAAAUUACUUGCUGCAAAUAGUAAUUAUGUGAUUAACUAAUUAAUUUUACAAAUUAGUUAAUAUGUAGAAUGUUGAUAAUUAUAUAACAUGUAAUUGAUUUAGA